AUGAAGAUGUCAAGAAUACGAGAUUUAAUAGCCAGGCCGUUCCAGAACCUUACAGCUUUAGAGAAAGUGGUACAAUGGUUACGAUUAGGGACUACAUUGCUCAUAAUUUCUUUCGGGUUAGCGUUGACUGUUGGACCCCUUUCCUCGCCAAGAACAUUGUACAUGUCGCGACUGGAUACCUACUCUGCUGAUAUUACGACGGGUUUAUUUACCGUAUUGAGAGAAUCUAUGGAGCAAUCGACGUCUACAGAAGAAAAUAAUGGCGUAGGCCUAACAACAUCUGAACUGUAUAUACUAACUGCUUACACCGAAAGUCAAAUAAAAAAUGUUCCUCAGUACAUCACAGUGUCGCUUUAUGGGAGAUGCGAUUCGACAUACACCAUGGUGGAAGUAUUUGACUCUGAAGGAAAUAUGCAUAGCGUAAAGAAUUCGACUACUAAAAGCAGCUGCAGUACCAUAGGAACAGACUAUCUUUUUGAUUAUCGUGAGGUUUUAGAAAACUUAGGUUUAGAUAUUAUUUUGGAUUAUGCCUACAACAAAAUCGGUUCACAACAGGCAGAGAGUUCUGCAUACACGACCUACAUGAAGAGCCUAAAACAUAAAAAGGCCAACGUGUUACAUCUACUCUAUGCAGUUAUUAGUUUCCAGGUGUGUAUGCUAUUUUUCAUGAUAUGGUACUACUACAUAAAGGGAAGAUUUAUGAACGCCCUCAAAGAAAGGGCACUUGUUCACAUUAACUCUCUGCUAUCGCUGGUUGUUUUCAUUGGGGGCUUAACAAGUAGCAUAAGUCUUGCCUGGGUUAACUACACUAUUCAAUCCAGAAUCAACACAGAAUUAGAGGCCUUUGGAUUUUCUUACCAUCUUGGAGUUACGUGGUUUGCCCUCCUAUGGUGCUUUGCAGGUUUAAUUUCUGUGUCAUGCUUAGCCUGGUCUGGCUUAGAAUGGUGUAUUUCCGAUAAUGGCACGUCUUAUGGAGGUGGGAUCGAUGAUAAAUUCUUGGGUUAUCAAGCCGGUGUAUUUACUGAUGCAGAUCUGGAUGAUGAAAUUCCUCACAAUCAACGUUAUCCACAGCGACAGUCUACUUCAGGUGAGGCUGAACUGAUGAGGAACAGUGAUACCAUGGCAACAAUAGGAAAAACUACUGAUAAUGACUUAAAUAGUGCAGAUAAUGUUAACACCAAUUUGGAUCAUGGAAAUCAUAUUGCAGGUGUAGGCAAUAGCGACAGACACAAAUCAUUUGUUAGUAGAGAGGAAUUCGAAUUGCAGGACAUAAGAUUCCGGUCAAGCAACGACAGUGAAGAGAGUAUGCAAAGGAUUAUCAAGCCUUCAUCUGCAUUACAGUUUUAA